GCAGUCCAGGAGGGCGCCGCCUCCGCCUGGCAGCGGCUGAGGGAGACCGAGGCUCCUCCGACGCUCCGCCGAGAGACCGCCCGCCCCGCCAUGGCCCGCGCCGGCCUCCUCCUCCUCGGUCUCCUCCUGGCGCUGGGCAGAGUGCUGCAGGCCUGGGCUGGGCUGUCCCUGCCAGCCACCCCGGAUGGGCACGGCUGGCAGAGCCCCAUGGACUGUGUCCGCGCCAACGUGCUCUGUGCGUCUGAGCCUGGCUGCAGCUCCAGUUUCCGCACGCUACGCCAGUGCCUGGCCGGCCGAGACCACAACACCCUGCUGGGCAACAAGGAGUGCCGGCUGGCGCUGGAGGUGCUGCAGGGGAGCGCUUUGCAUGGCUGCCGCUGCAGGCGCCGGAUGAAGAGGGAGCUGCCCUGCCUGCAAAUCUACUGGAGCCUCCACCUGGGCUCGGCUGGGGGGGAAGAAUUGUACGAAGCUUCGCCCUACGAGCCCCUCAGAUCUCCUCCCCCGGAUGCCUUCAGGCUGGCUUCAAUUGUCUCAGGGACCGACUCCGCGGCCGCCUCCAGGAGCAACCCCUGCCUGGAGGCGGCCAAAGCCUGCAACCUGAACAACAACUGCAAGAAGCUGCGGUCGGCCUACAUCUCCACCUGCAACAAAGAGGUCUCGGCCUCUGAGCACUGCAGCCAGCGCAGGUGCCGCAAAGCCCUGCGCCAUUUCUUUGACCAGGUGCCCAGUGCAUACAGCUACCGGCUGCUCUUCUGCCCCUGCAAGGACCAGGCCUGCGCAGAGCGCCGCCGGCAGACCAUCGUCCCCGACUGCUCCUACCAGGAGAGGGAGAAGCCCAACUGCCUGACUCUGCGGAGCCAGUGCCGGGCGGAGCCCUUGUGCCGGUCAAGACUGGCCGAUUUCCACACCAACUGCCAAGCCUUCCUCACCAGCUGCUCCAGGGACAACUACCAGGCCUGCCUGGACUCCUACACUGGCCUGAUCGGUUUGGACCUGACCCCCAACUAUGUGGAUGCGAGCUUUAGCAACCCGUUGAUCUCCCUGUGGUGCUCCUGCCAAGGGAGUGGCAACAUGGAGGAGGAGUGUGAGAAAUUCCUGAAGGACUUCACGGAAAACGCCUGUCUCCGAAAUGCCAUCCAGGCCUUUGGCAACGGCACUGACCUGACCUUCUCACCCAAGGCCCUCCCGCCGCCGCUCCUCACGCUGCCUCCCUCGACUGGAAGGGCUGCCUCUCUGCCGUGCAGCGUGAAUGACAGCCUCCCCUGCACCUCCUCCACCCAGGAAAGUGGGGCCAAGGUGAACCAGUCCAAAGAGCAGAGUCUUUGCUUCUCAGAGAAAUCACUGACCACCGCUCUUGUGCCAGAGCAGAAGAGUUUGGUGGACCCCAAAGGAUCAGGCAGCCAACUUUCCUCCACGGGGACCGUCUCUGCUCUGCUCGUCUUCCUUGCAAAAACGGCCAUGUAGGAGGGACAUGGAACAAGGCUUGCCGGGAGGCGGGAGGGAGGGAGGGGCCCGUGCAACCCCCCCUCCACCUGUAGGCCACCCAGAACUUCCCCUUGGCCGCUGCCUCCAAGGAGGCGCCACAGCUCUUGUAGAGGCCCCCGCGAGACGCUCUCCGUUGUGUCAGUGUGGAGGCCCUUAGGAAAGACCGGCCAGGCCUGGGAAUGCAGGCCCGUCUCUUCCCAAGGAUCCCAAACGCAGGCUGAACUUUACCAACGGGGUUUGCAAGGGAUCCAAGGUAUCAGCUGGGCAGUUCAGUGGAGCUGGAGGCCUUGUGGAGAGGCUUGGCCUCGCGUUGCCCUGCUUUCGCUCUGCAAGGCGAGGGGCAGCCAUUCCCCGCCCCCAGGUCACCCCCCAAACCGUUUUUUGCUGCUUGGAAACGCUCCAAAACAGGCCUGGCUUCCCUUCAGCGCAGAGGAUACUCAGAAGUGUCCGAACUUCAUCUUAGGAAAAUGGACAGGGAGCGAGGUGCUUCGACAGCUAAAGGCAGCCUCCCGUAAGCAGGCGAUUGGAGGGCUGGGACUGGCUGGCUGGAGCGCGUACAGAGCUGUGCCGCAUGGAACAAGGAAUACCGCCCUGCCCUGGUCCGACGGAGUUUCUACUUCCCCUGAUCCUUCCGCUUCUCCACCUCUUCAUCCUCUUUUCUAGGUUUUUAAUCUCCGAUAAAAUGAUGGCACCGCUCUGUGGGAUAGUAACUGUCCUGCCCCCUCGGGUGGAAGCCCCCAUGGAGGGCAGCCAUGAACCCACCAGACAUUGUCGAUUGAUGUUUCUCCUCCUUCCUUCCAUGUUGUUUCCCCCCCCCCCAAAA